CCUCUCUCUCUCUCUCCAAUAUCUCUCUCUCUCUCUCUCUCUCUCUCUCUCUCUCUCUCUCUCUCCAAUCUUUUCCUUUUAGGGUUUGAGCAUUUCAGAGACACUUUUGCUCGUGAACAAAAGGCUUUGAGGCUCGACGAGGCACCCGAGUUUUGUUGAAGUCACUUGAUAUGGGUCCCUGUAUGGAUUUCUUGAACUGGCUUGAUCCUGACAUGUCAUUACAGGUCCUAACUUGUUUGGACGAUCCAACUGAUCUUGUUCGCAUUAGUUCUGUUUCCCGAUCUUGGCGUCAUUUUGUGAUAGAAAAUGGUCUUUGUAAGAAGCUGUGCUUGAGAAUGUUCCCUCAGUUAUCCAGAGUUGCUCAAGUGAUUGAAAUCAACAACCCUGACACAAAAGCAGAAGUUGGAUCUAGCAAUUCAAAGGAAUUGGAAACCUUGGAAAGGGAGCAUAGGGUCUAUGCAUUUUUAGCUUGUGGUUUUACAUCUUUCAAUGUUGGGGAUUCCAUUAAGAGGGCAUUGAGCGCUUCCAGCACUGACAAUUUUCCAGAAGAAAGCAUUCACAAUACUCUAGAACCAAGAGAUGUGGUGGGACGGAGAGCUUCGUACUGGUCGAGUAAAGGCCAAAGUGACCCUGCAGUGCCUGAGAUGCUGAUAUACAAGCUGGUGUCUGAUUUUGUUGUAAUUAAUGAAAUCAACAUACAGCCUUUCAAAGCUUAUUUCCAGCUCGGUGAACCCAUAUAUUCAGCCAAGGCUGUGCGUUUCCGAAUUGGGCAUGCCAAGUCCCCCAUGGAUGUAGAGAGUGAUCCAAUGGGUGAAUCAUUUCCUGAAGACAAGUUUAUAUGGACCUACAGUUCACAAGUGUUCCCAAUGACUCAGGAAAAUAUCUUGCAGACAUUCAAGCUUCCGGAACCAGUUCUUUGCAUAGGUGGAUUUUUGCAGAUUGAGCUUCUGGGUAGAGUUCAGAGACAAGAAAUGGAUGGCUUGUUUUAUAUAUGCGUGUCUCAUGUUCAAGUUAAGGGGAAGUCGUUAUCACCCGCAUUUGGUGUUGAAAUUCAUGAACCAUCUGGGCAGUUUGUGUUGAAGAACAACAUGCAAGCCAAGGGCAACAUCCAACCGAGCUUACCUGAGAAUGACUCCAAUGUAAACGCGGAUUUGGACAUGGAGAGAGAUAUUAGAGACAUGCUGCCAUUUGUAAAUAUGUUGCAAGGAAAUGUAGCGGAUUUUGAUGAAUUUGAAUGGAAUGACGUGGAAGAGGGAAUGGAUGAAGAGUUCGUGGUUUAACUGUACGUAUGUAUCAAGUUGCUGUAAUUUUCUUAUGUAUCAAGUUACGGUAUUUUUCUUUUUCUGUUUUAAACCUCGGCUCCUAUCCUCCUGCUUUGAAUUGGACAUCCGGGGCCUAGUUUUUUGAGUGCUAUAUAGCCACUCAAAGUGAGAGUGAUAAUGUGAUAGUGUCAUAAACUGUUAUUGUAGCUCUUUCUUUAAUGUGCUGAAAAACAUUAAUCCUAUGCAAUACAAAGUAAUUAUUAG